CCUUGCCCUUCUCUAUAUUCUUCCUACAUUUUAUAUCCCCUUACAUCACCUAUGGAAUCCUCCGUUCGUCGCUAAUACCUCGCUACCGCGCCCAAUUGAUAUCUGCGUCUCCCUUCCGACCGACAAAUCACCCGCAUCAGCUCCGUUCGCCGCCACCAUGCCCUCGUCCCAAUUGAAUCGCCUCGUCUUCCGUCGCUUGCUUGCCAAUAAGCCGCUCCUGUAUAGAGGAUGUCUACAUCGCAAUGCCGUUCGUCCGCUGCUGGCGACCCAGCACCGCACCUUCCUGAAUCUCUUCAAGCCGCACCGCAAGGUCAAGACUGCGCAGGUGCCUCCUGGCCUGGAUGUCCUCGGGGAGUUGUCUCAUUCGCAGCGUGACAACUUACGCUUGCCGAAGCCUGCCAAUGUGGCUUCUGCCCUCCUCUCUUUUUUCGCACCAAAGAAGUACCCUCUGGAAAAUUUCCACGUUGCCUACGCCCUUAACGCAUUCCGCUUUCUGCUCGAGAACCCCAGAACCGACAAUCAACCCUGGUGUUCAAAAGAGCAGCUUAACCAAAUGUUGGAGCAGCUGAUAACCCGACGACCACAUACCGGAGGGACUCCUCAUCUUUCUCUGGGGAAGCUGCUCGCUGACCAACUGAAAAAUCUCACUCACCCCAAAGCCGGGGACUCUGCCGAAGACACACCUGCGCUACCGAGCGAGUAUGAAGUUGUAUUCGCGCCUAAAUUGAUACGGCUUCUCACCAUGUACGGUGCCGCUCUCAUGGCUAGAGAAAAUGUCCUUUCGACCUAUCACAGCGUACAGAAUCCGUCCUCCCAGCCAGAAAUCCGUGCUUCGGAGGCCGUGUACUCAAGCUGGGGAUAUGUUAUUGAUGGUCUAGCUUCCGAGGAUAAUGAGGCGGAGCUGCUCAAUACCCUCGCCAUGAUGCAGGAAUAUUCUAUCCCCUACCUCCAAACCAUCCAGAGAACUGUCGUCGCAUACUUCAUAUCAAAGAAAAAUAUACAAGAGGCUAAGAAGUGGUAUCUCCAACCACCCGCACGCGAUACGGACGUUGAGCAUAUGGAACCACUGGACACCACCUCCGCGGACAUACUGAAAGCCUGCGCACUGCACGGUGACCAGGCAUUCGGCCAGCAAAUAGUGACUUCCCUACUCAAGGAAACACCACGUAAAGAAACAUGGGACGCUAUAUUCUUGUGGUCUGCCGCGCUAGGAAAGGGACCCGAUGAGAUCGAUCGGAUGAUGAACGUCAUGAUACGCCGUAACAACGAGGAACGACAGAAAGACCCGGCUCUUGCAGUAACACACCCAGACAUCGAAACCAUCAAUGCUCUAGUUGAGCUUGCAAUCUCCAAACAAGAUUCGUAUUCUGCCGAGCGUUAUGUUGCGCUGGGGGAAAAGCGAGGCAUAUUCCCAGAUGAAACUACGUACACGAUGCAGAUCCACUAUAGGCUCUCCAUAAAAGACCUCGAUGGAGCUCGAGCAGCAUACUCGGGCCUUCAGGGAAGCACCUACGAGAAUGGCCAGACCGUCAAAGCGGUCAAUUCACUCGUACAGGCCUUGUGUUGGUCGCAACAACAUGUGUUUGAUGAGAUUAUGGCCAUUGUAGACGAAUUGCACGAACGCAAGGUAUUGCUUGCGCCAGAAACUGUGGCUGAUCUGUGUGUCUUACAUCUCCGCCGUGGGGAAAUGCUUGAUGCCGCAGAUCUCCUACAAAUACAUUCAUUCAACUUUUCACUCAGUCAAAGAAUUACUAUACGUACGAGCUUUGCGGCAUUCAUCAUGGAUGGUCAGACUAGCACUUCCGAUGCUUGGGAUACGUACCAGAUCAUGCGCAAUUGUUUCCCCGAAACACCACGAGACGACCGCAUUCCUAUCAUGAAGGAGUUUUUUGCACGAAAUCGCUCCGACAUGGCUUGCCACGUCUUUUUCCAUAUGCGGAACAGUACAGAACCACAUAUCACGACUACUAAGGAAGUCUACGUUGCCGCCUUCACCGGGUUUGCCCGAAAUGCGGAUGCCGAAAGCCUGGAGCUGGCCCACAACCAGCUCAAGCUCGAUCUCAACGUUGAGAUGGAUACGAAAUUGAGGAAUGCGCUGAUGUUGGCUUAUGCGUGUACGGGAAACAACACUCAUGCACUUGAGAUUUGGGCCAAAAUAGGGUCGUCAAAAGAAGGCCCAACAUACAACAGCAUUGCCAUUGCUUUUAGAUCUUGUGAAGGAAUGCCUUUCGGUGAUCGCCAUGCAAAAUCUAUUUGGCGUAGGCUGAAAGAGAUGGAUGUCGAGAUCGAUAAGAAGAUUUUCACUGCAUAUCUAUCAGCUAUUGCCAGGAAUCAGCUCUAUGAUGAAGCGCUCGCACUUUUGGAGACCGGGGAGGAAGAGUACGGUUAUACUCCGGAUCUAUAUAUAUUGGGCCACCUGUUUAACGCGACAACACAUAUUGAUAGGCAGGCCAGGCUUGAGGAAUGGAUAAAGAAGAACUAUCCUUCCGUGUGGCCAAAACUCGAAGCUUUGGGUCACACAGUGACUAUGGACGGCUUCGGAUUUCGGCAGUUACAUUUCAGUCGCGAUCUGGAGCCCUGA